GUGGUCCUCCCAGCACAUUGGCAACACCACCUGGUCCUUCGCCAAGCUCCGCAUCUAUGCUCCGGAGGUUUACUCUACCAUCUCCGCAGAGGUACUCCACACUCUGCCGUCCUGGAAUGCGCAAGGUCUUUCCAACGUGGUUUGGGCGUUUGCUAAGAUGGAGAUAUACCACCGGCCGUUCUUCGGCGCCCUUGCGGUCGACAUAGCCGCGAAGGUGCAUCACUUCCAGCAGCAGAAUUUGGUGAACGUGCUCUGG